GCACAUUGUACUAGGCUUGUCACGUGUGACAGAAAGUGCUGGCUUUCCUUUUCACAACAAACAUGAAACAUUUGCACUUGCAGCAUUUUUAUACAAUGGGUACAUGUUAGCAAGUGUACAUGUAAGUUUCAUAAAGUGAAGUCAUCCAUUUUCGUUUUCUUCCAGGUUUUUUGUUGUUUUUUUUGGUCGUUGUAAAUUUCAUCUUUCUAUGCAUGGGAGGGCCUUUGCCCACUUAAUAAACUGUUUUCAGCAAAGCGUUUGGAAAAACACACUAGAACACAUGAGAGGUUUGAUUCUGCUCGCGUAUGUAAACAGCAAUGCUGGAAGAAUUAGAUGAUUUUGAGGGUCCUGGAAAUCAAAGGGCAGAUGCACAGCCCCCUGGUGUCAAGAAACCAAGGGAAAAGAAGAAAGUUCUCGGCCCUGCUGUCAACUACCUCAUGGGUCCAAGAUUUUUAGUCUACGUCAGCUGUGCACUUUCAAUAUGGGGGGAUCGCAUGUGGCAUUUUGCCAUCUCUGUAUUCCUGAUCGAAUUAUAUGGACAUAAUUUACUCCUAACAGCUGUUUUUGGUUUAGUGGUGGCAAGUUCUGUGCUAGUGUUUGGGGCUUUAAUUGGCGACUGGAUUGACAGGAAACCAAGAAAUAAAGUUGCUCAUGCAUCGCUAUUUAUUCAGAACUCAUCUGUUACGGCCUGCUGUAUAGUCCUAAUGCUGGUCUUCUCCUAUAAAAGUGAGAUAGAACAGAUAUGGCAUGGUUGGCUCACAGUAUUCUGUUAUGGAGUGGUAAUUAUCCUGGCUGAUUUAGCCAACCUUGCAAGCACGGCUCUGACCAUAACAAUUCAGAAAGACUGGAUAGUGGUUAUCACGGGAGAUAACAGAAGUCAACUGGCUGGAAUGAAUGCAACCGUAAGACGGAUGGAUCAAGUCAUUAAUAUCUUUGCCCCUUUGUCAGUGGGCCAGGUCAUGACUUGGGCUUCUAAUGUGGUUGGAUGUGGCUUCAUUCUUGGUUGGAACUUGGUCUCAUUGCUUGUAGAAUUUAUAUUUCUUUCCCGAGUCUAUAAAAUGGUACCUCAGCUGGCUGUAAAAGCACAACAAUCUAUAGGAGAGCAUUAUAUAGAGCAUCAGCUGGAGCUUCUUAAUGUACAAGGUGACCUACCUAUUUGCUCGCCCUUAGGUGACUUCAUUAGUACACCAGCCAUACCUGAUGAAUCAAAUGAAGACAAGCCACAGAAUCCAGAGCCACCAGCACAGCAGAGUUCAACAAUCCCUGCUUGCUUCCAGAAGAUCCGACGCAUUCUGCAUACAUGUACAGAUGGCUGGAAAUCAUACUAUAGACAGUCUGUUUUUUUAGCCGGUUUGGGGUUAGCUUUUUUGUAUACCACAGUCCUCGGCUUUGACUGUAUCACUACAGGUUAUGCCUAUACUCAGGGGAUAAGUGGAUCUUUGCUUAGCAUACUCAUGGCCGUGUCAGCCAUCUCAGGAUUAAUGGGCACAUUUCUGUUUACUAAGCUAAGGAGACGUUAUGGCUUAGUGGUCACUGGAAUCAUAUCCAGUUGCCUUCAUGUUGGCUGUUUAAUGCUUUGUGUAUUUUCAGUCUUUGCUGCGGGUAGUCCCUUUGACUUGGGUAUUUUUUCUAUUCUCGUGGGCAUGAACUCAUCUUUAAAUACUGAAAAGCAUCAACAGAACCAGCUUCAUAUUUAUCCUUCUCAAGGGAAUAUCAACCAACCCAUCCUCCCAGACCGUUCUUCCAUUCACUGGACUAAUAACACUGUGCUGUUUGAGAGUGUACAUGCAGGCGAAAACCCAGAUUCCUAUAUCUCAAUCAUACUGCUGUUCUCAGGAGUAAUAUUAGCAAGAGUUGGUUUAUGGUCUUUUGAUCUGACAGUGACUCAGCUACUCCAGGAGAAUAUACCAGAAUCUGAACGUGGGGUCGUUAAUGGUGUGCAAAGCUCAAUGAAUUAUCUGAUGGAUUUAGUCCAUUUCAUCAUGGUCAUUUUAGCUCCACAACCUCAACAGUUUGGACUCUUGGUCAUCAUUUCUAUCCUGUUUGUUAUCGCUGGACACACAAUGUUUUUUUUCUAUACCAAAAAAUAUAAAACAAAACAGAGGGAAUCGGUGAAUACUCCUGCCUGACAGUCUUGUGAUAAUCUAUUUUUAAUUAGUUAGCUCUCUUUGUAGUUAUAAUCUUUGUAGUAUGAGUUUUAGCAUGAAGUGUUGGAUAACUUAAGCCUAACUGUCCAAUGUUCACCUAAUCUGUUAAAUUUAUUUUUUAUUAUUAUUUUAUACA